GUUUACCCAAGGAUCAGGAUGAAUGCAGGUGAAGAGGUGUGAAAGCUGGAACAAUGAGUGAAGGACUUCAGUCACACUCUGGAGGCUCCUCAGAAGCCCAGAAUACUGACAGUGAAAACCAAGCACAGAAAAAACCAGGCCCUGUGAUCCUCAGUCUGACUCGCUGUUCUGCCUGCUACAACCACAAGAAAAGAUCCAGGCGAGAUUCCGAUGGUGAGUCGAGCUCAUCAGCUGAGGACUCUGGACCAGAGCUGGACUCUGAAUCAGACGCAGAGUCCAGCUCUAGCAGCAGCAGCAGCAGCAGCAGCUCUGAGAAGGAUUCAUCUGAAACAAAUGAGGAUCCCCCACCUGAGCCGGUGGACACUGCUGACCCUGACCUCGGAGAUAAAACAGGCGGUGAGAGACAAAAGGAGGAGGGGGAAACGUCAGAGAGCAAGGAGAAUAAAGGAACGACAAAGUUUAUGACUCGAAGACCUCCACUUGUCAAAUCAUACUCCCUGCCUUCCUCCUUCCCCCAUCAACUCAUCCCCUGGUCCCACUUGCCCCGCCCUCGUACGGUUGUCUCCACCCUCCACCUGCAGGUGUUAUCCCAGAAACAGGACGACGACCCGUUCAACAUCAUGCAACAACACCUUUUUGAGCAAGUGAAAACCGAGGAAAAUGGCGGAGAAGGGCGAGAAAGAAUCAACAACCCACCAUAUCCUCUGAGACCUACAAUGAACAAGUUACUAUGGCGACAGUCGUCACUACAAUCAUCACAGCAACAGCAGCCGCCAUACCCGCACCAACAACCGAUGCUUGAGCUGUCGCAUCAACACUACCAACCACAACCUCAACACUUUGACCCUCUGUCAGCUCAGGCUCAAAUGUUUCCACCUCCUCCACACACACUUCCUGUGUUACACCCCCAACUGUUCCACCCACCCAUACACAACCCAAUUGCACCUUACACACAUCUGCAUGCAUCUCCUCCACAGCCACACUGGUACAGCAUGCAAAAUCCUUACACGUACUAGACUUCUAUGUAAUUAAAAAUAUGCAGAAAAUAGAAUAUAAAGAUUUGAAUGUAAGGUAAUGAGGGAAACUAUUUAGGCAUAUUUUAUUUGCAGUGUGUAAAAAAAUUAACUAUCUUUCAUAAACUCUGAACUAAAGUGAUGCAGCACUUAUUUGGACUUUUUUUUUUUUAUUAUUCUAAAAAGAAGUUAAAACUGUUUUGUGUCUGAUGAGAUUUAUUUAAUCUCUUGUCCCUGAAUGUGUGUUUCCUGUAACAGCAGCUGUUAAAACAAACUGAUGUAAGACAUUUUCAUUCUUCAGAUCUCAGCCCUGUCCCUUUACAACAUUCAACACUGGGGAAAACAUGUUAUGCUGUUUAGUGUUUUUAUUCUCUUAAAGUUAGGCCAACUAUAGCUUUCAAUCUGCUCCUGCCAUGAGGGUCAGACAAAGUAUUUCACUGUUUUACUUCUAUGAAGGUUAUGAAACAGACUGAAAUGUAUACUUUUCUCCUUUAUGACCUUCAAUAUCAAACAAGACCAUCAAAGAUUAAACUGGUUAUUGGUUAUGUUUUUAGGAUAUCUGGCACUCCUGCCAAUGGGUAGUUGUCAGAACUCAAGGCAAUUAAUAGUAAGCUACAGAAACACCCUU